AUGGCACCCAAUAAGGUUCCGGGCGAUAUCCAGCCAGCACAGCCAGAGACGGAAGGUGGUCAGGGCGCGCCACCUCAAAACGAGAUGGAGGCGCCCAGCACUGGAGAUCCUGUGCGUGCUGGCUAUCAGGCUGCUAGUAGCAGCAGUAGCCCCUACGAGCCGAAAGCUGCAGCGCGCAGCCAGCGGCGGGCACCAUCGUGGCAACAGGUGGAGGAGAUGAUUUCGCAUUUGAUCGAUCCCAUCUCCGGCAAAGUUCGUGUCUACCGGGACGUCCUCUCCUUUUUACCCGACGAGGAGGUCCUGGCCGUGUACCCCGAAAAGAUCAUCAUGCCCAUCGUGGCCAAAGUGAAGAUCAUCAUCACCUGCGGCCUGGAGUAUUACUUGCACUGGCGACGUCAGCGCCGUGAUGGCGCCAUCAUUUUGACCGACAAGCGGCUGAUCCACGUGGUCACACACUUCUCCCGCUACAAGAAGUCGCUGAAGGUGGACAUGUACACCGUGGGCAAAUCUGUGAGGUAUGUGGGUCUACGCCCCCCUCGCUGGCAGUGUUGUGCCAGACCUGCAGGCGACUUAUCGGUGGCCACUCGCUUGGGCACCAUGGAGGUGCGACUGUUGCAGAUGAAGCGCCUCAGAGACUGUGCUCAACGAAUGUGGCAAGGCUUUGCUGCGUUACAGGACACUCAAUCUGUGUCAUCUGUGGAGUACGAUGACUGGGCCUCCGUCGCAGAGGACUUCGAGGAAAGCGACGUGGCGGAGCAGCGCUCGGCAUCGGAGGAUCUGGAGAUGUUGGAGGAGGCCAAAGAAGAAGCUGGCGCCCUUUGGGGAGACAACAGCGGUGAUGCCGCAGUGGACGCUGACUUGGAGGAGGACAGCUCUGAAGAUUCAACCAACCCCUACCCCAAAGGUCACGCCCCCAGUAGAUGA